GUUGAAAUUACUAUUUUCCGUUGUUUUCGUUAUUGUUCACAUUGUUCUCUUUGUUUGUGAGAAAAUUUAGUGACUUUGAGAAAUAAUAAUGACAUAUUCAAACUACUUAAUUGCUUAUUUAUGUUAAAUUAAAAAUCACAACAAUAAUAGAUCAUAUCUGCCUGCAAUCUGCUGGUUGGAUGAACUUAUAUCAACCAGAUUGACUGAAUAUCCCCUUAAGUUUACUCCGGUUAUACAUUCUGGGAUCACUAUCAGCCACAGUAAUCUAUUAUGCCACACAAUAAACCGAAAUCAGCAUCGCUGACUAAUCAAGUGAACAAACAAAGCUCUUCUGUAGAACAAAAACGAGUGGAACGCCUACAUGAACUAAGCAUAUCUUUAAUACGUUCCGUAGUAUUACCUCCAUGUGAAGUCUUCACAGAAUCAAAUGCUAUCGCAUUCAUCAAAAAAUAUUAUAAAAAUAAACCAAUCAAGUAUAAUGCAUUUGUACUGCCUGAUAAAAUCAUACUUGCUGGCAAGAACUCAAAAUCGAAUGUCUAUCCUAAACCUUGUAUUGUUUACUCUGAAGUUAAGCAUAUCUUCACAACUUCUAAUAUCCCCAAAUCAGGAUGUUUUGUGUUAUGCAUUGAUUCACGCAGCGAAAAACAGUCACGUUAUGAAAUGUAUCAAAUCAAAGAUGCAGAGUCUCAUAACUUAUUUCUGGAUCUGCUAAACUGUUAUAUAAAAGAGCAAAGUCGAAUUCGACAUCAGUAUUUUAGUGACAAAUAUAAUCAGCGUGGCACAGACAUACGUAAAGUGAAAAUUACGAACUCUCGCAAAGCAUCGACUUACUCUCAAGAAGACCGAGAAUCUCUGUUUAAUUUUGCCACUUCUGUUUCAAACCUAUCAAACAGUCAACUGUAUUCCAAAGCUUUAUAAAUGCAUUCUGUAAUGAUUGCAGUUCAGAAAUUAUUUCGUACAUAUCAGUAGAGCGUAACAUCACUGUUUUACAUUCACCUGAACACUGAAAAUUAGAAGGUCGCUUAAAACCUAUCAAAUGCUAUUUAUUUUUGUUUUUUUUUUGUGAAGAAAUACUGAUAAAUCUACUUUCUUAUUUGUUUCAUUUUUACAAUAAAACGUUAUAGAAGUGAUGUACUUUUUGAAACUACCCAUAUUCAUUGAACAUGAAUUGAUUAGUAGUUUGAUGGUUAUUGUCAAAAACACUCAGUUGUGUACGUAUGGAGCAGUCAAAAAUACAUCACUGAGGUUACAAUAAAUAAAUUAAAGAAAAGUGUUCUAUCGCAUAAAUGUACUC